AUGUUGAUUGAUUGCAUACUCGUUUGUGAUCCAACAAAUUUUUUGUACCACUUAAGAAAUUUUCCUCGUAACUUUCUUAAUUUUUUCUUAUAUAAUAAUCAUCUGACAAUAACAAAUACAACAAAAAAAGAAUUAGCAAAAUCGGUUCAGCCGUUCACGCGUGAUGCUGUGACCAAGAUUCAAAAUAAGAUAGCUGGCAAAUUAGUGACGUAUAAAUCGAUUGAUUCCGUUACUUAUCAAGAUGAUGUUGUCAACUAUCCUACGGAGUUUAAUGGGAAAUUAAACAUUGAAUUCACUCCUGAUGAAGUGAACAUGAAUUACGCCCCUAUCACAUCUGUUAACGUAGAAUGGUCUUUUAGUCAAUUCAAGAAUAUUUUCGGACUAAACCGUCGCAAUUUUUCAUUUGCAAACCUUCAACAACAUGUUGUUUCUCAUUGCUUUGUUCUGGAAUAAUACCCAUAGUUUUAUAAACCUGCAUUAUUUGUCUUACUUAUAUUUUUUUUUGUAAUUUUCAAUGCUUAUGCUUUUCUUCGAUAUUUACAUAUCAUUAAUUUUUUUUAUAUAUUUA